CAAAAAUGUCUCGGGAUGCAGACAGUGGUUCUGCGAACCAAGAAAUUAACUUUUGGUUAUCCAUGGAAACAGCGUUGGAAGGCAUCGAAAAGCAACUUCGUGGUGACGGAGUCCAGCUGACCAUGGAAAUUCUUCGGCACGCUAAACGUUACCAAGCGACACUGAGUUUCGUUGCAGAUACUGGACUCCGAGAGGCAAUGGAUACAGUUCAGAAAUACAAUCAGCUGAUGCGGGACUUUCCAUUAGACGAAUUAUUGUCGGCAACAACUCUCCAGAAAGUUCAAGAGUCUCUCGGAUUAAUUUUCAACCAUCUCAAUAGGAAACUCAAGAUAUCUCCGUACCCUAUCAAGAGGGCUUUGGCUCUGGUGGAGGCUAUAUCUGGCGACUUAGACUCACAAAUCCAUGCCCUGCUUCAUGGACGAACGAUCAUGCAUCUUGAUUACCGAGAAUUCCGUUCAUUGAUGAAGACUUGCAGUGCGAUUUGGCGAACCUGGGACGAAAACGUGAAAGAAUUCACCAACGUUGGACGUGAUGCUUCUCGCCGGCGAAAUGAGAAAUUCAUCCCAAUUAAGAUUGUUCCCAGACACACAAAGACCCAAGAGCGCUUGAAAUACAUUAAUACAUUCCGCGUCAAUCACGAGCAACUGCAGAGAACGAUUGUUAAUGUUCUGGGUCCGAAAUCAUCUAUGAAUGCGAAUGGAGCCGACGGGGCAGUUAUUGUUGAAGAAAUUGGUGAUGUGGACGCCGUGGAGGAGGUGACACAGGCAUAUGCCGCUUUGAAAGACGUCGACGUCCUCGAUGUCUCUGAAGAAGGCACGCAGCUAUGGAUCCAGGCGGAGAUAUCCUACAACGAACGAACAUCGCGUGUCGAGAACUCUAUCAUUGCCCGUUUACGAGACCGUCUUGCGACAGCUAAGAACGCAAACGAGAUGUUCCGUGUUUUCUCCAAAUUCAAUGCUUUGCUUGUACGACCUAAAAUUCGCGGUGCGAUUGGUGAAUACCAAACCACGCUCAUUGACAAUGUCAAACACGACAUCUCUGCUCUGCAUGAACGGUUCAAGCAACAAUACGGUCAUUCAGAAGCCCAUGCUAUGGCUCAACUGCGAGACCUACCUCCUGUCUCCGGCGCCAUUGUUUGGGCACGUCAAAUCGAACGACAGCUUAAUGGCUAUAUGCGCAAAGUCGAGGAUGUUCUUGGCGAGGAUUGGCAUUUGCACUCCGAAGGCCAAAAACUUCAGGCUGAGAGCAACUUAUUUCGGAAAAAGCUGGAUACUCGCCCGGUAUUUGAGUCUUGGCUCCAUGAUGUUCAACGAAGACACAUUACAAUUUCGGGACGUCUAUUUAAUAUCGUCCGAAACCGAGCUGCUGGAAAUUCCUUAGAACUGACGGUCAACUUCGACGCACAGAUUAUUGCUCUUUUCAAGGAAGUGCGGAACUUGAUCUGGUUGAACUUCCAGGUUCCUCAUGCGGUCAGCAGUAUAUCAAAGGAAGCUAAACGUGUGUAUCCAUACGCUAUCAGCCUUAUGGAAACAGUUCGUACACUACUUCAGACAACUCGUACCAUUUCUGCGAUGACCGAGGUCGCAAUCUUGUUGAGUGGCUAUCAAAAUGAUGCUCAAGCUAUGAUCAUCAAAGGCAUUCCCCUACGCUGGGAGUCUUUCGUUCACUCUUAUGAGCUUCACGUCAAACAAUCUACGCUAACCAAUGGUGCACUUGACCCAACGAUUGCUGGAAGGGGCGAAAGCAAACACGUUCAAUUUGUCCGCGAAUUUGCAGUGUCAGCUUCAGUACUCCAGUCUAAAGCUGCAACUUUGGCUUCGAUCAACGAGAAUAUCCAGAAGGCUAUUCUAGAGCUUAAGACUUGUCCUUACGAAUCAACAGUGUUCCGCCAACGCCUAGACUCGAUCCAAAUAUCUGUCGAUAAGCUAAACCUCGAAAACUAUGUCAAUCUCGGCUACUGGGUAUCAAAUUUGAACUUGAAAAUUGAAUCCAUUUUGCGCGAGAGGCUCCACAAAGCAAUCAGAGUCUGGAUUUCUUCGUUCCAAGAAUCGAAGAAUGAACAAUACUCUAAACGUGUGUCCAGCCAGGGAACACAAACAGUUGGCGAUGGUUCUGAAGUUGAUAUUUACCGAAUUGAAUUUCCACAACUUGUUCAUGAAGUCUCAAUGAGGAAUCAGGUCUUGCAUCUUGAUCCACCACUACAGUACGCACGCGCAAGCUGGUUUGCCCACCUCGGUCAAUGGCUUGGUGUCAUUUGCCAUCUCGAGAAGAUCAAGUCCUCACGCUACCAAAUCUCGCUUGAUGUGGAGAAGACCGAACUCUCUGAAACUUCGUUUGUCAACCUUCCUCAACACUGCUCUGAUGAGCUAGCUGAAGUUUACGGGGCUGUGGAAGCUAGACUGGGAGAAAUUUCGAACUAUGUUGAUAAAUGGCUUCAAUUUCAGUCUCUCUGGGAUUUACAAGCUGACCAAGUCUACGACAUACUCGGUGACGACCUCUCGCAAUGGCUCCAACUACUUCAAGAAAUUCGCAAAAGCCGUGCAACAUUUGAUACAUCAGAAGUCAGUCGACCUUUUGGCAAUAUCACUAUCGACUACGAGCAAGUGCAAACUAAAGUAAAUGCCAAAUAUGACCAGUGGCAGCACGAGAUUCUCCACAAAUUCGGAACUAAACUUGGUGGUCGUAUGAGGGAAGUUCACUCUGAAAUUGCUGCCGCUCGUAGAGACUUGGAAGGGCAAACCCUGGAAGCUUCCUCCACGGCGCACGCCGUGUCAUUCAUCACAAUUGUACAACAGUGCAAGCGCAAGGCAAAGGUUUGGGAACCGCAGGUGGACCUAUUUAGACAAGGUCAGACAACUUUAGCACGUCAGCGAUAUCAAUUUCCCACCGAUUGGCUACACGUGGAAAAUGUGGACGGAGAAUGGACUGCAUUGAAUGAGUUGCUUAUUAGAAAGGGCAAGAUCGUCCAAGACCAGACAGAAGCUCUACGUGCCAAAAUCACAGCUGAAGAUAAGGUUAUUGGCGACAAGAUCAAAGACAUCAUUACUCAAUGGAACGAUGAAAAACCGGUAUCUGGUACUAUUCCUCCAGAAGAGGCCUCUCAAACAUUAAGCUCAUUCCAAUCUCGACUUGAAAGUUUGCAGUCAGAGUUUGAGAUGGUUUCAAAAGCCAAAGAAGCACUGGAUCUUCCUUCCAGUGCAGAGUCAUCAUUGCCUGCAAUAUUAGAAGAAGUCCAGGACUUCAUGUCUGUAUGGGCUGCAUUGUCAACGAUCUGGAAGAGCUUGAAUGAUCUUCGUGAGAUGUUAUGGACCAGCGUCCAACCUAGGAAACUUCGACAAUCUAUCGACAAUCUCAUCAAGAUGACAAAGGAGAUGCCCAGCCGCAUGCGCCAAUAUGCCGCUUUUGAACACAUCCAAAAUGUUCUGCGCCAGCUUCUGAAGAUUAAUCCCCUUCUGUCAGAUCUCAAAUCGGAGGCAAUUAAAGAGAGACAUUGGCAAAAGAUUUUCAAGGCUUUGAAACCAGGGAAGCGGUUCUCACAAGUUGCCUUGACCCUCGGAGAUGUCUGGGACCUACAGCCUGCUGCUAGUGAGAAUGUCCUGCGAGAUAUUAUUGCUCAGGCACAGGGCGAAAUGGCUCUGGAGGAAUUCCUUAAAAUGGUUCGUGAGACUUGGCAAAAUUAUUCUUUGGACCUUGUCAACUAUCAGAAUAAAUGUCGCCUGAUCCGAGGCUUUGAUGAUCUCUUUGCGAAGUGCAGUGAAAAUCUCAACUCCUUACAAGCUAUGAGACAUUCGCCAUACUACAAAGAAUUCGAGGAGGAAGCCUCGACAUGGGAAGAUAAGCUCAAUAGGGUUCAUGUUCUUUUCGAUGUAUGGAUUGAUGUCCAACGUCAAUGGGUAUACCUUGAAGGCGUUUUCACAGGAAAUGCUGAUAUCAAGCACCUCCUUCCCCUGGAAUCUGCUCGAUUCCAAAACAUCAACUCUGAAUUUUUUGCGGUAAUGAAAAAGGUCUAUAAAUCACCCUUUGUUCUCGACGUACUAGCCAUUACUGGUGUUCAAAAAUCUUUGGAGAGACUGGCAGAGCUGCUUAACAAGAUCCAGAAAGCUCUUGGUGAAUACCUUGAACGAGAACGUGUCUCAUUCCCUCGUUUCUAUUUCGUUGGUGAUGAAGAUCUCUUGGAGAUUAUUGGUAAUAGCAAUGAUACACUUCGGGUCGCUAAGCAUUUCAAGAAAAUGUUUGCUGGUUUGUCUGGCCUCGUUAUGGACGAUGACAACAACAUUGUUGGUUGCACAUCGAAAGAAGGAGAAGAAGUCAGAUUAAAACGCGAAGUAAAUCUUAUCAAAACACCGCGGAUCAAUGAUUGGCUGUCAGCUUUGGAUAAUAAUCUGAAAGUGACCCUUGCGGAGCUCCUAGCAGAGGCGGUUGAACAGUUUGAGACUAUCUACAACACCAAUGAAGUGGAUCAAACAGCUUUCAACGACUACCUUGCCAACUACCCUGCUCAAAUAGUUGUGCUUGCAAGUCAAGCUGUGUGGACCAAUGCUGUUCAAAAGUCCCUUGAGAAUGGCGGUAGUGAUCUAUCUUCAUUGUAUGAUGCCGAAGUACGCAUCCUUGAAUUGCUUGCUGCCACUGUCCUUGGUGAGCUAGAUGCUAUCACGAGGAAGAAGUGUGAACAUAUGAUUACGGAAUUUGUUCACCAGCGAGAUGUCAUCUCAAAACUCAUCAAAUUCAACGCAACGACACCCACUCAUUAUAUGUGGCUCCUUCAAAUGCGCUAUAUGUAUAAGAAUGAGGGCGAUUUCCUACAGCGUCUCUAUGUGCACAUGGCCAAUGCCAAAUUAGAUUACGGCUUUGAAUACUUGGGUGUCCCUGAACGACUUGUUCGCACACCUCUUACAGACCGUUGUUUCCUCACUUUGACGCAGGCUCUUUGCCAGAGAUUGGGAGGUUCUCCAUACGGACCUGCAGGCACUGGUAAGACGGAAUCGGUCAAGGCACUGGGUCUGCAACUUGGUCGUUUCACCUUGGUGUUUUGCUGUGAUGACACAUUCGAUUUCCAAGCCAUGGGGCGAAUUUUCUUGGGUAUUUGCCAAGUUGGUGCUUGGGGAUGUUUCGACGAGUUCAAUCGUUUAGAAGAACGGAUUCUCUCUGCGGUCUCACAACAAAUCCAAAAUAUCCAGAUUGGUCUUCGCAAGGGCAACGAUGAUGAUACAACCCAAAUCGAAUUGGUCGGUCGACGCCUUCGAGUCAAUCAAAAUACAGGUAUUUUCAUUACGAUGAACCCAGGCUACGCCGGACGAUCCAACCUCCCCGACAAUUUGAAAAAGCUUUUCCGAAGUGUCGCAAUGUCAAAGCCAGACAAGGAGCUCAUUGCCGAAGUCAUGCUUUUCUCUCAAGGGUUCAAGCAAGCGAAGUCUCUUUCCAAACAGACCGUUCCUUUCUUCGAUCACUGCUCAGGCAGGUUAACAAAGCAGGCUCAUUACGACUUCGGUCUUCGUGCCUUGAAAAGUGUACUCGUCAGCUCUGGAGGAUUGAAACGUGCACGUCUCGCAAAUUCAGAUGGUAACCUUGGUCCGGAUGAGGUUGUUGAACCUCAGAUCAUUGUUCAAAGUCUGCGUGAAACUAUUGCUCCCAAGCUUAUCCGUGAAGACGUCGAAACAAUGCUAGAUAUCCAGAGGGAAGAUUUCCCAGGCGUUGAAUAUGUACCCGCCAAUUACGAGAAACUCACACAAGCCAUUCGCGACAUUGCGAAUGAGAAUAAUUAUGUUGCUAGUGACACCUGGAUUACCAAAACCCUCCAACUAUACCAAAUUCAAAGCAUUCAUCACGGUGUCAUGAUGGUUGGACGCUCAGGUUCUGGAAAAUCGGCCUCAUGGAAAGUACUACUUCAAGCCUUGCAGCGUGUUGAGGGCAUUGAAGGCGUGUGUCAUGUAAUUGAUUCUAAGGUAAUGCCAAAGGAAGCGCUUUACGGUAAUCUUGACAGCACAACGAGAGAGUGGACCGACGGUUUGUUCACUGGUAUUUUGCGAAAAGUCGUUGACAACCUACGUGGAGAGGAUUCUAAACGCCACUGGAUUGUGUUUGAUGGUGAUGUUGACCCUGAAUGGGUUGAAAAUCUUAACAGUGUCCUGGAUGAUAACAAAUUGUUGACGCUACCUAAUGGUGAACGUCUUAAUCUGCCUCCGAAUGUCCGCAUAAUGUUCGAAGUGGAGACGUUGAAAUAUGCAACCUUAGCUACUGUCAGUCGUUGCGGUAUGGUGUGGUUCAACGAUGACACUGUAACUCCAGCAAUGAUGGUUACAAACUACGUCGAAUCACUAAAGACCAAGACCUUUGACGAUCUUGACGAUGAUACUGUACCCGCAGGGCAAGCCUCCGCAAAGACACAAGCUGUCCAGGAUACGAUAUCCGACAUCCUUAAGCAAUUCAUGCAAAGCGACGAACUCAUCUACAAGACCCUCGAAGAAGCUCGGUCAUACGAUCAUAUUAUGGAGUACACGGAAAUCCGCGCCUUAAACACUCUCUUCAGCUUGCUGAACAAAGCAUGCCGCAACGUGCUAGAAUACAACAUCCAACACAUUGACUUUCCACUUGAAGCAGAACAAGUGGAGUCAUACAUAUCUAAGAAGUUGCUUCUUGCACUAGUUUGGUCUCUGACUGGCGACUGUCCAUUGGCCGAUCGGAAACGGUUUGGGGAGUAUCUCACCGCAUCCUCCACAAUUGAUCCACCUCCACUCAGCGAAUCCUCAUCACUUAUUGACUUUGAUGUGUCUUUACCAAAGGCGGAUUGGAUCACUUGGCAAUCCCAAGUACCAUCAGUUGAGAUCAAUACUCAUUCCAUCACUCAAACCGAUGUCAUUAUCCCAACUUUAGAUACCGUUCGCCACGAAGACGUACUCUACUCGUGGCUUGCUGAGCACAAGCCUCUCUUACUAUGUGGUCCACCCGGAUCCGGUAAGACCAUGACAUUGUUUUCUGCCCUUCGAAAGUUACCAAACAUGGAGGUUGUUGGUCUCAACUUCUCCAGCGCCACUACACCGGAUCUCCUCAUUAAGACUUUUGAACAAUAUUGUGAAUAUAGGAAAACGUUGAAUGGUGUAGUAAUGUCUCCGAACCAAAUUGGACGCUGGCUGGUCAUCUUCUGUGACGAGAUCAACUUGCCAGCCCCUGAUCGUUAUGGUACGCAACGUGCAAUCUCGUUCUUGAGACAAUUGGUAGAACACAACGGUUUCUGGCGGACAUCAGACAAGACAUGGGUUACCCUGGACCGUAUUCAAUUCGUUGGUGCUUGUAACCCUCCCACCGAUGCCGGACGUACCCCCAUGGGAGAACGUUUCUUACGACACGCACCAUUGAUGAUGGUCGACUAUCCUGGAGAGCUUUCGCUGAAUCAAAUCUACGGAACAUUCAACUCGGCUGUCCUCAAAAUUAUUCCCACAUUGCGUGGAUACGCGGAUGCAUUGACGAAAGCCAUGGUGCAAUUUUAUUUGGAGUCACAGACAAGAUUCACGCCAAAGAUCCAACCUCAUUAUGUGUAUUCGCCACGUGAAUUGACAAGAUGGGUACGUGGUGUUUACGAGGCUAUCAAGCCAUUGGAGAGCCUUUCCGUUGAGGGUCUGGUCCGAAUUUGGGCCCACGAAGCCCUUCGUCUCUUCCAAGAUCGUCUCGUUGCCGAAGAGGAACGCAAAUGGACGGAUGAAUUAGUGCGACGUAUUGCAUUGGAGCAUUUCCCAACGAUUGAUGAGGAACAAGCAUUGAAAGGGCCGAUCCUCUUUUCGAACUGGCUUUCGAAGAACUACGUACCAGUGGAACAGGAGCAACUGCGUGAUUUCGUUAAAGCCCGACUUAAGACAUUCUGUGAAGAGGAAGUGGAUGUUCCAUUGGUUCUCUUUAACGACGUUCUGGAACAUGCGCUUCGUAUCGAUCGUGUAUUCAGACAACCACAAGGUCAUCUCAUUCUCAUCGGUGUCAGUGGAAGUGGAAAGACCACACUUUCAAGAUUCGUAGCGUGGAUGAAUGGUUUGAAGAUCUUCCAAAUAAAGGUUCACGGAAAGUACUCCUCCGAAGAUUUCGAUGAGGACCUGAGAAACGUUUUGCGACGAGCUGGAUGCAAAGGAGAAAAGAUUUGCUUCAUCAUGGACGAAUCUAAUGUGCUUGAUUCCGGAUUCCUUGAGCGCAUGAAUACUUUACUUGCAAAUGCAGAAGUUCCAGGUCUGUUUGAAGGAGACGAGUUUGCUUCUCUCAUGACUGCCUGCAAAGAGGGUGCUCAACGCCAAGGAUUACUUCUUGAUUCUCAAGAGGAGUUGUAUAAGUGGUUCACACAGCAGAUUGUGAAGAAUCUUCAUGUUGUGUUUACUAUGAAUCCUCCCGAAGAUGGACUGUCUUCUAAAGCUGCAACCAGUCCUGCUUUGUUCAAUCGUUGUGUCCUUAACUGGUUCGGCGACUGGUCAGAUCAAGCCCUGUUCCAAGUUGGUUCCGAGCUCACGCAAUCUGUGGACCUUGACAAACCCAACUUUACUGCACCCGAUAGUAUUCCAGUGGCUUACCGUGACCUCCACCUUCCUGCUUCUCACCGUGAAGCUGUGGUCAACUCAAUGGUUUACAUCCAUUACUCAUUGCAGAAAUUCAAUCAGCGCCUCCAAAAGCAGCAGGGUAGAACGACAUACUUGACUCCUCGUCACUACCUUGACUUUGUCGCACAAUACGUCAAAUUAUUCAAUGAGAAGCGAGAGGAUCUCGAGGAGCAACAGCGGCACUUGAAUGUUGGUCUAGAGAAACUCAGAGAUACAGUAGACAAGGUCCGCGAACUGCGUGUUAGUCUUGCUGUAAAGAAGACCCAAUUGGAGAAGAAAGACGCAGAGGCCAACGAGAAACUUCAACGAAUGGUUGCAGAUCAACGGGAAGCUGAACAACGCAAGUCCGCUUCACUUGAAAUCCAGGCUGCUCUUGAAAAACAAGAACAGGAAGUUGCCACCCGAAAGGAAGUGGUGUUGAACGACCUGGCAAGAGCAGAGCCUGCAGUCUUGGAAGCCCAAAAGAGUGUCAGCAACAUCAAGCGCCAACAUCUUACUGAAGUUCGUUCUAUGGGUAAUCCUCCUGCAAGUGUACGGCUGGCUCUCGAAGCCGUUUGCACCUUGCUCGGCCAUAAGGUCGACAGUUGGAAAACGAUCCAAGGUAUCAUUCGUCGUGACGACUUUAUUGCAAGUAUUGUGAACUACGACAAUGAGCGACAAAUGACUCGCAACCACCGAGUGAAAAUGAAGAAUGAAUUUUUGUCUAAGGAUGAUUUCACAUAUGAAAGGGUUAACCAUGCCAGUAAAGCCUGUGGUCCUCUUGUCCAAUGGGUUGAAGCGCAGGUCAAUUACUCUGAGAUCUUGGACCGUGUUGGCCCACUUCGUGAUGAAGUUGAAAAGCUCGAGGAAACGGCACUUCAAACCAAAGCGGAAGCUCAAGCUAUUGAAAACACGAUCCAGAGUCUCGAAAGCAGUAUCGCCACCUACAAGACCGAAUAUGCCGCCCUCAUCAGUGAAACGCAAGCUAUCAAGACUGAGAUGAGCCGCGUGCAAUUCAAGGUUGAUCGAAGUGUUCGGCUAUUGGACAGCCUGGCCUCAGAACGCGAGCGUUGGGAAGAAGGAAGCAAGUCGUUCGAAACUCAAAUUAGCACACUUGUUGGCGAUGUCCUCAUUGCUGCGGCAUUCCUUGCAUAUGCUGGUCUGUACGACCAACAGUUCCGCAAAGCGAUGAUUGAUGACUGGGUCAAUCAGCUGGCACAGUCCGGCAUCACAUUCAAGCCUCACAAUCCUAUCACAGAGUACCUCUCAAAUGCAGAUGAACGUUUGGCAUGGCAAGGAAAUUCGCUACCUGUCGAUGACUUGUGUACAGAGAACGCCAUCAUCCUAAAACGAUUCAACCGAUAUCCUCUGAUUAUUGAUCCUUCGGGACGCAUUACAGAAUUUCUUCAGAAGGAAAGCCAAGAGAGGAAACUUACUGUUACUAGUUUCUUGGAUGAUUCAUUCGUCAAGCAGCUGGAAAGCGCCUUGCGGUUUGGCAAUCCAAUCCUCAUCCAAGAUGCGGAGCACUUGGAUCCUAUUCUCAAUCACGUUCUGAACAAGGAAUACCAAAAGACUGGAGGGCGUGUUCUGAUUCAACUAGGCAAGCAAGAAAUCGAUUUCUCGCCAUCUUUCAGACUCUUUUUGUCUACAAGAGAUCCAUCUGCUACUUUCCCGCCCGAUAUCUGCAGUAGGACGACAUUUGUCAAUUUCACAGUGACGCAGAGCAGCUUGCAGACUCAGUCUCUCAACGAAGUCCUCAAGGUGGAACGUCCUGAUGUUGAUGAACGGCGCACGAAUCUCAUCAAAUUACAAGGAGAGUUCAAGAUUCACCUCCGUCAGCUAGAAAAACGACUAUUACAAGCAUUGAACGAGUCACGUGGUAAUAUUUUAGACGACGACAAUGUUAUUGAGACAUUGGAGACGCUUAAGAAGGAGGCUGCUGAAAUCACUAAGAAGAUGUCGGAGACGGAAGGUGUCAUGAGCGAAGUCGACAAUAUCACUCUCGAAUACAAUAUUAUUGCUCGAGCAUGCAGUGCAGUAUUCGCAGUGCUGGAACAGCUUCAUCAUAUCAAUCAUUUCUAUCAAUUUUCGCUGCAGUAUUUCGUGGACAUAUUCAAUUCUGUUCUCCAUGGAAACAAAAAGCUUGCUCAAGAGAAAGCUCACGCAGCAAGAGUCGACAUCAUCCUCCGUGAUCUUUUCAUUACAACGUAUCAACGUACAUCAUUGGGCUUGCUACAGAAGGACCGUAUAACGCUAGCCAUGCUCCUUGCACAGGCCACACCUUACCAAAUGGACAAGGGCAUUAUUGACACUAUUCUUGAUGAGAGUGUUGAAGGUGUUGAUUUGUCGACGACUACGGAAUCAAGAGACCAGGUGAUUCAAAGGCUAUCUAACAUGUCACUAUUCAAACCACAUGUGUCGAAUAUUUCGGAUGAAACUUGGAGAGCGUUCUUCACCGAAGAAUUGGCGGAGAAUUUCGUACCGCCUGUUUGGGAGGAAAACAUUGAACCCCUCAAUCAACAACUUCGCUCUCUUCUUCUGGUCAAGCUUUGCCGUAUGGAUCGGUUUGUCCCAGUUGCCGAGCGUUUCGUCGCAGCUGUUUUCGGUCGCGAGCUAUAUGAGGGCAGUAGCGAUCUCAAGUAUGUGGUUGAGCAAGUCACCGCUACGGCCCCGAUUGCACUCAGCUCUAGCCCUGGAUUUGACGCCAGUUACAAGGUUGAUGGACUGGUUGAACGGAUGCAUGCUACUUGUGCCAAUAUUGCCAUGGGUUCAAACGAAGGUGUCGAAAGUGCAGACAAAGCUAUCAGCAACGCUGCAGCAGCAGGAUCAUGGGUGUUGGUGAAGAACGUUCAUCUGGCUCCUUCUUGGCUCCAGAGUCUGGAAAAGCGGUUAGACUCUUUGAAGCCGCACAAGGAAUUCCGACUCUUCUUGUCAAUGGAGACUAGCCCCAAGAUUCCAGUCAACCUUCUCCGAGCCUCCCGUGUUUUGAUGUUUGAACAGCCAGCAGGGGUUCGAGCAAAUAUGAAGGACUCUCUCUCCUCGUUGUCACUACGUGCCAGUAAAGCUCCGGUCGAAAAGGCGCGCGUCUACGUGCUGCUUGCAUUCUUGCAUGCCGUUAUUCAAGAACGGCUCCGCUACGCACCUAGUCUUGGUUGGAAGGGUUUCUGGGAAUUCAAUGAUAGUGAU